AUGGAACUCGAGGCACUACAAGCCCGGCUGGGCCAAACUCUGCAGCACGCGUGGCUCAAUUUCCAAAAGGUGCCCGGGUCGGCGGUGCUCGUGCGCUACAUCCAGUCAAGUUACCAGAACGACCCCGUGCGGUCCGCCAUCGAACUCAUCCUCGUGCUCUUCUUUAUCCGAUACCUGCUGUCGCCUUCCUACUCUACCCAUAAGCUCAACUACGUGAAACUGCGAGAAGACGAAAUCGACGAGCUGGUUGACGAAUGGACCCCCGAACCGCUCGUUGCGGAGAGAACAUCGCUCGAGGAGGCCGACGGCGACAAAGUCCCCGUCAUUGUUGGGCCUCCUGGUCCCAAGGUCAAGCUCGCUACCGGCCGCACCGUCACCAACCUCGCGUCGUACAACUUCUAUAAUUUCAAUGCCAACGAGCAGAUCAAGGAGAAGGCGAUCCAGACGCUGCGUACCUACGGAGUCGGACCCUGCGGGCCGCCGCAGUUUUACGGCACCCAAGAUGUCCACGUCAAGGCAGAAGCGGACAUUGCCAGCUUCCUGGGCACAGAAGGCUGCAUAGUCUAUGCCCAGUCUUUCUCGACCAUUUCCAGCGUUAUCCCCGCCUUCUGCAAGCGCGGUGAUGUCAUCAUUGCCGACAAGGCGGUCAACUACUCCAUUCGCAAGGGAGUGCAGGCUUCGCGGAGCCACAUCAGGUGGUAUAACCACGGAGACAUGGCCCAUUUGGAAAAGGUUAUGCAGGCCGUCGUCAAGGAGCAGGCCAAGGCCAAGAAGCUGACUCGGAGGUUCAUUGUCACCGAAGGCUUGUUCGAGACCUUGGGCGACUCCAUCGAUUUGCCCAAGCUGGUCGAGCUCAAGGAAAAGUACAAGUUCCGGAUCAUCCUCGAUGAGACAUGGUCUUUUGGGGUUCUCGGCCGGACGGGCCGCGGCCUCACGGAAGCACAAAACGUGGACCCCCAGCAGGUAGACAUGAUUGUCGGGUCCUUGUCGGGACCACUGUGUGCCGGUGGUGGCUUCUGCUGCGGAACCAAGGACGUUGUAGAGCACCAGCGCAUCACCUCGUCGGCGUACACGUUCUCGGCCGCUCUGCCAGCCAUGCUGGCCAUGACGGCAAGCGAAACGGUGCACCUGCUGCAGUCGAACCCAGAUAUCCUGACGCAGUGCCGGGAGAACGUCAAGGCGAUGAAGGCCCAGCUUGACCCUCGCAGCGACUGGGUUGUGUGCACCAGCGCGCCCGAGAACCCCGUGAUGCUCCUGGUGCUCAAGCCCGAGGUCAUCAAGGCGAGGAGGCUGAGCGUCGACGACCAGGAGCGCCUCCUGAUGGAAUGUGCCGAUGAGGCACUAGCGAAUGGCGUCCUGGUUGCAAGGUUCAAGAAUAGGCCCUACAACCAGACCAUUGCUGCCAAGGAUGGCGACUGGUACGCACAACCGGCACUCAAGGUGUGCAUCACGUCGGCCCUCUCGAAGAAGGACAUUGAGAAGGCGGGCGUGACGAUUCGGCACGCUAUUACCAAAGUCAUGACCCGCAAAGGCAGUAGCAAGUCGGCAUGA